AUGGCUCUUACAGAACUCCUCAUCUCACCCUGGGCACCAGUAGCCCUCCUCGUCGGAGUCGUCGCAUGGUACAUCCUCCCCUGGAUCUCCAACAAAGAUCUCCGCGGCAUCCCCGCCCCGUUCCCAGCACAGUUCAGCAAUCUUUGGCUCCUGUCAACAUGUCGAAGAGGAAAGAGAUAUGAAAUUGUUGAUGAGGUUCAUAAGAGGUUGGGUGUGUUGGUUAGGAUUGCGCCUAAUCAUGUUAGUGUUGCUGAUGCGGAUGCUAUCAACACUAUCUAUGGCCACGGAAACGGUUUCUUGAAGGCAGACUUUUACGACACCUUCGUGUCUAUCCGUCGUGGUCUUUUCAACACACGCGACAGAGCUGAACAUUCUCGCAAGAGAAAGAUUGUUUCGCAUACUUUUGCUCCCAAGUCUGUUCUCGAGUUUGAGCCUUAUAUUCGUCAGAAUCUUGAGAUCUUCAUUAAGCAGUGGGAUCGCAUCUCUGCUAAUAAGGAGCGCGAUGGCUAUGGACGCGUUGACUGUCUGAACUGGUUCAACUUUCUUGCUUUCGACAUCAUCGCUGAUUUGGCCUUUGGAAAGCCAUUCGGCAUGCUCGCUUCAGGUGCAGAUAUCGCAGAAGUCAAAGUCUCACCCACCAGCCCAACAAUCUACGCCCCAGCCGUCGAAAUCAUGAACCGAAGAGGCGAAGUCUCCGCAACCCUCGGCUGUCUCCCCCAACUCAAGCCCUACGCAAAGUAUCUCCCCGACCCCUUCUUCAGCCAAGGUCUCCAAGCCGUCGAAAACCUAGCCGGCAUCGCCAUCGCCCGCGUCAGCGAGCGUCUCGAACGCGGCGGCGACUCUACCCGAAAGGAUCUUCUCGCUCGUCUCAUGCAAGGUCGCGAUGAAAAGGGUGAACCGCUUGGUCGUGAUGAACUUACCGCUGAGGCACUUACACAACUUAUUGCCGGUAGUGAUACUACUUCUAACUCUUCUUGUGCGCUUUUGUAUCAUGUUGUUCGUACGCCGGGUGUUAUGCAGAAGCUUUAUGAGGAAAUUACCGCUGCUGUUCCUGAGGGAGAGGCUAUUCCUGAUUUUGAGGAUGUCAAGCAUCUUCCUUACCUCGGCUACUGCAUCAACGAGACUCUGCGUAUUCACUCCCCCUCCGGUAUCGGGCUUCCUCGCGAAGUCCCUCCCAACCACAAAGGCGUUACACUACACGGACGAUACUUUGGACCUGGCACAGUCCUCAGCGUUCCUACAUACACGAUCCACCAUUCAACAGAAAUUUGGGGUCCUGAUGCUGAUGACUUCAAGCCAGAGCGCUGGGAGAAUUUGACGGAUAAGCAGAAGAAUGCUUUCAUUCCUUUCAGUUAUGGGCCUCGGUCUUGUGUGGGUAGGAAUUUAGCGGAGAUGCAGAUGAGACUGAUUGCUGCUACUUGGAUUAAGCGAUAUGAUGUUAUUUUGAGACAGGAUGUUAUGGAGACUCGGGAGGGAUUCUUGAGGAAGCCUAUGGGUCUUGAUGUCGGAUUGGCACGACGAUGA